AUGGUUUCAGAAUUAUUUGCUGUUGUAAUCGCUGCGUUCCUCUCUCGAGACAGGCAGUGGAUGUUCCCCCGGCUGACGGUUGGCGGUUGUGCUGUUGCAGGGAAGAGCUUCACGCUGACCAUCACGGUGAGCUCGUCGCCACCGCAGAUGGCGACGUACAACAAGGCCAUCAAGGUGACGGUGGACGGACCGCGGGAGCCCCGCUCCAAGACAAGUAGCAUGCGCUCCAGCAAGUGGUGCGGCCCUCGAGCGGCAAUCGAUGCUGGGGGCAGCUCCUCGGCGGCGGUGGCGACGGCGGCGACGGCGGCGGUGGCGGGGCUGUCCACAAGAUGUCUUGAGGCGAGCCGCGAGCCGCAGCCGCAGCCGAUACCGCGCCGGCAGCAGCAGCAGUUCCACGCCUUCGCCUUCGGCCAACGCCCCUUCCUGCCCGGGCACUUCGGCAGCCCGCUCGACCCGCUGCAGCGCGCCGCCUCCGACCCGCUGUCCGGCUCGCUCAGCUUCCGCAUGCCCUCCAUGUCCAACUGCCAGAGUAAGUACCGCACUGCACUCACCAGCUAUAUCCCAUCCAAGACAACUGCCAGAAAUAACUACCACACUGUACACACUGGUCGCAUGCCCUCCAGCUGCCACAAUAGGUAUCACACCGCACUCAAUGGCCUCGAGUCCUUCAUGUCGAACUGGCAGAGUGAAUACCGCAACUCGCUGACUGCUCAGUGA